UUUCUUUCUUCAUUACCAGCCAUUUUUCUUGCAAAAUGAGUCUCUUGUUUCUACUUGCAUCUUUCUUUCUUUGUCAACUUGUUUUGUCCUCAUUUGCAAUGUGCCCCAGAGAUCAAAGUCUUGCCCUUGUAGAAUUCAACCAGUCUUUUGUUGUUGAUGCAUCUGAAUCUUUUCUUUGUGACAAGCAGUCUUAUCCUAAAACGAGUUCAUGGAACAUGAACAAAGAUUGUUGUUCGUGGGAUGGAAUAAUAUGUGAUGAGAUGACCGGUCAUGUGAUUGAGCUUGACCUCAGUUGCAGCCAACUUGUUGGGAAGAUUGAUUCCAAUAGCAGCCUAUUCCAACUCUCUCAUCUCCAAAGGCUCAAUCUUUCUAUGAAUAACUUUGACGAUUCUCAUAUCUCGCCUAAAUUUGGCACGUUAGCAAGCUUGACACAUCUUGAUCUUUCCCGGGCAGUAUUCUCAGGUCAAAUUCCUUCUGAAAUCUCUCAUCUCUCCAAGUUACAGUCUAUUUCUUUAUCGUCUAACAGUGAGCUUAGACUCGUAGCUUACGAUUUCAAGACGUCCCUUCAGAAUUUGACUCAAUUAAGAGAGCUUCAUCUUAGUGGUGUGAACAUCUCUUCCACCAUUCCUCUGAAUUUCUCUUCUCAUUUAACAACUCUGAGGCUGUCAGAAACAGGAUUGUAUGGGAUAAUACCUGAGAGUAUCUUUAACCUGCCCAACCUGGAAACACUUGACUUAAGUUACAAUGAUCAGCUCAAUGGUUAUUUUCCAAAGACCAAAUGGAAUAGCAGUGCAUCUCUCAUGGAGCUGAAUCUCGUUAGGGUAAAUUUUUCUGGUAAUUUCCUGCCUGAAUGUCUUGGCUAUCUAACUUCACUGCAGACAUUGGUACUUAGUUCCUGCAAUUUCUCGGGGCAGGUUCCAAAAUCUCUUUGGAACCUCACCCGUCUGGAGAAUAUGGACCUUCAAGAUAACCGUCUUGAAGGACCGAUAUUUCCUCAGUUUACAAGUGGACUGCAGAAUCUGAACACACUUAGGCUAUCAAAUAACUCCCUGAAUGGAGAAAUACCAUCCUGGAUAUUCUCCCUUCCAUUACUGAGUGAACUAGACUUGAGUAAUAACCACUUUUCUGGUCAACUUAAGGAAUUCAGUAACAAUUCGGUACUAGUCGGUGUUGAUAUUAGCGAGAAUGAGUUGCAAGGAUGUCUUCCCAAAUCAAUUCAGAACCUUGUGAGCCUAGUCUGGAUUAUUUUAGCAAAUAACCAGUUGCAAUGUCCUCUUCCCAAGUCACUCCAGAACCUCAGAAAUCUAAAGUAUUUUGAUCUUUUGUCUAACAAUUUUAGUGGGAGUGUAGAUGUCAGUGUCUUUUCGAACCUCAAACAACUUUGGUAUCUUGAUCUGUCAUACAAUAGUAUUUCUCUGAUCAAUGAGAACAAAGUCAAGUCUACAUUGCCCCAAUCUCUUGAAAUUUUAUAUUUGGCUGCUUGUCAAGUAAAAGAACUGGAUUUUUUGAGAUCAGCAAAGAACUUUUAUACCUUAGAUCUUUCAUAUAACAACAUUCAAGGAAUAAUUCCUGAUGUGGUACUGUCUAAUUGGAUGCAUUCCAUAAAUAAUCUUUAUCUAGCCCACAACAUGUUGACAAGUAUUGACCACAUUUCAUCAUUUUCCCAACUGAUCUCUAUUAACUUAUUGUCCAAUUCUCUUCAAGGGACACUACCAAUUCCACCACCCUCUAUAGAAUUCUUCCUCGUGUCAAAUAAUAAUGUCAGUGGUAAGAUCCCUUCUUCUAUUUGCAAUUUGACAACAUUAAAAAUCCUAGAUUUGUCAAAUAAUAAUUUGAAGGGAGAAAUUCCACAAUGUUUGGGUAACAUGAGUGAUCAACUCGAGGUUUUGGAUAUGCGACACAAUAGUCUUUCUGGGAGUCUGCAAACAACUUUUAGCUCCGGAAGUAAACUCAAAAGCUUCAACUUGCAUGGCAAUAAUCUAGAGGGAAAACUCCCAAGAUCCUUGGCUAAUUGCAAAGAGUUGGAAGUUCUUGACUUAGGAAACAAUCAACUCAAUGACACAUUCCCUAUGUGGUUGGGAACUCUUCCAAAUCUACAAGUUUUAAGCUUGAGACUCAAUAAUUUGCAUGGACCAAUUAGAACUUCAACUAGUUCGAAACUGUUUCCUCAGCUUCGGAUGUUAGAUCUCUCUCGCAAUGCCUUUACAGCAGAACUGCCAACAAGUCUUUUCAGAAAUCUGAAAGCAAUGAGGAGAAUUGUCAUUGAUAAAACAAUGAAAGCACCAGUUGAUGAAGAAAAGCCAUAUUACCAAGACUCGGUAAUUGUUUCAACAAAGGGAUUGGAGUUAGAAGUUGUGAGAAUCUUGUCUUUGUACACCACUAUGGAUCUUUCAAACAACGAGUUUGAAGGGCAUAUUCAUAGUAUGUUGGGAGACCUCAUCGCAUUGCGUGUGUUGAAUUUAUCUCACAAUGAGUUGCAGGGUCAUAUACCACCAUCACUUGGAAAGUUAUCUGUAGUCGAAUCGUUGGACCUUUCAUCCAAUAGGCUUUCAGGAGAGAUACCAAAACAACUUGUUUCUCUUACAUCUCUUGCAGUUUUUAAUCUCUCACGCAAUCAUCUUGAAGGAUGCAUUCCAAAAGGGAAUCAAUUUGAUACAUUUGGCAACAAUUCAUAUGAAGGCAAUGACAGAUUGCGUGGAUUCCCAGUUUCACGAGGUUGUGGAAGUGACCGGAUACCAGAGACAAACAACACAACAUUUGUGCCAGAUGAAGAAAAUGAUUCAACAUUUCUAAGUGAGCUCAGUUGGAAAGUGGUUCUUAUGGGAUAUGGUACUGGAUUGAUUAUUGGAUUCUCCAUAGCAUAUUUGAUGCUUUCUUCUCGAAAUCCAAAUUGGCUUUCUGGGAUAGCUGAAGAUUUAGAAUACAGAAUCAUUAUGAGAAGGCGAAAGAAGCAGCGAGGUCAAAUGCAUUACAGAAGAAGAAGAAAUAAUGGCAUCUAG